GAGACAGAACGCUCCGAGUUCAGCGAUCCACCGCUUUCUUUUCUGAUUGGUCAGUUAGUUCAUCAGACGGGUACAGCGCUGUCUCAUUCUGAUCGCUGAUUUGUUGAGUUUCGCGGUGGGCGUGUUCAGUGCUCCCUCAGUCUGUUCUCUGAUUGGUCGAUAAUGCGGUGGGCGGGGAGAGCGCUGUCACUAUCGACAUCCACAGUCAACGGAGAGACAAUAGGGCAACAGCAGUCGCUCUGUCAGACGCAUCAAAGAUGUGCACAAGAAUUAAUAUCAGUAUAUCACUGCUUUGAGAACAUAACAGAGAGGGCAACAGAAAACCUAUUACUCCUGGUGUUCUAGUAUUCAACACUGACCGAUACGGAAUGACAGCGGGGGUUUGUGCAUUUGUUUCUUAAAAGAUUUCUAAAUCAACUGUUGUCGUGGUACCUGGUCCCUCCGUCUCUGGAAUAAUGAGCUCCUCGCCCCACAUGUCCCGUUCCUCUGUUGACAUCCUGGAAGAGCUGCAGCUCAUCACUGCUGAGAAGCUGGAGAAGCUGGACUUCAAUAAGUACUAUGAGGUCAUAAGGGAGCUUGGCAAGGGCACCUAUGGGAAGGUGGACCUGGUCAUCCACAAGAUCAGAGGCACGAAAAUGGCCUUGAAAUUCUUGCGGAAGAAAACCACUAAGCUGAGGAGCUUCCUACGCGAGUACAGCAUCUCUCUCUACCUGUCACCUUGUCCUUUCAUCAUCAACAUGUUCGGCAUUGCCUUCGAAACGGACGAAUAUUACAUCUUCGCUCAAGAGUAUGCCCUGGCAGGCGAUCUCUUUGACAUCAUUCCUCCUCAGGUUGGACUGCCGGAGAACAUUGCCAAGCGGUGUGUGCACCAGGUGGCGAUUGCACUGGACUACCUGCACUGCAAGAAGCUGGUGCAUCGUGACAUAAAGCCGGAGAACGUCCUCAUCUUUGAUAAGGAGUGCCGGAAGGUGAAACUGUCAGACUUUGGCAUGACACGGUGCGCUGGCUCUCCAGUGAAGCGGGUGAGCGGGACCAUCCCGUACACGGCUCCAGAACUGUGCGACCCCAGUCGGCAAGAGGGCCUGUGUGUAGACUACAGCACUGAUGUGUGGGCCUUUGGUGUACUUCUGUUCUGCAUGCUCACUGGGAACUUCCCUUGGGAAAAAGCACUCCCAUCUGAUGCUUUCUACGAGGAGUUUGUGCGCUGGCAGCAUCGGCGGAGGCGAGCCAGCACGGUGCCUUCACAGUGGCGUCGUUUCACUGACGAGGCGCUCCGCAUGUUUCGCUGCCUGCUGGCCAUCGAGCAGGACCGCCGAUGCUCUGUCGAAGAGGUCUUCAGCUACUUCACCCACAACUGGAUGCUUGACACGGAGAACGGCAACACCUCCCAUGUCUCGGGCGGUAACAGCAACAGCGGCACAGCGAUGAAUGGCCGCCAGGCUGAGCUUAGCUCUUCUUCCUCUGAAGAAGAUGAGUUGGUGGACCGUUUGAAGCAGCAGAGCUUGUCGCCUGUGUAUGGGGUCACCAAAGGAGGCGUCAUCAUGGAGCCAGUGACGGCGCACUACUCCUCUACAUCCUCGAACAGCCCUGCUUCCUCCACUGGGGGCUACGAACGUGUCUCCCGAGACAACAACGGCAACAAUGGCCGCAUCCUGGUCACAACACCUAUUGAAAUAUGUGUGUAGACAGCUCACUGGCUUUAACCUACCUUGCUCAUA